CAUAUAUACAAUUUGCGAUGAUAGGUUAUAAAGUCAUGUAUACGUACAUGACAGCGCUCGUUAAUAACUUGAGCAUUCGUUUAAUAGCAAGUAAAUCAGCAUAAAGGGAUUGUCAAUAAAGGGCAUCAUCCGUCGUUGGAUUACUGUCGGCCAACAGAACGGAAUUAUUACCGUCCAACAGUGUUUCGGGACAGUGAUGAUCAAACAAGAACGUGCAAUGACGUGCAAAGCAAUAGAAUUUAGUAAUAGUGUUUAUGGAUUUGACUUUUAUGAGUGAACUUCAUACCUUCAAUUUCCCUUUUUCUCAAGAAUGAGUGUACGUUUGGUUCAAAUGUAGAAGACAGAUUUAUUGCUUUUGCAUAAGCUUUGUUGUGUUAUCUAAUACUUUGAUAUAAUAAUGAUGGAAUGCAGUGGAGGAGGUGACUAUGAAUCAGAAUCGGACCAAGAUUGCCCAGAGAAUUCUAAUUCUUGGCUUGCUGACACACAUACAGAAUGGACUUAUACAAUGAGAAGACACAUGCAGGAGGUAAUACCUGGUGUCUUUCUUGGCCCAUACAGUGCUGCCAGUCGCUCUAAAUUACAAUCUUUGCUUCAUCAUGGAAUAACACAUAUAGUUUGUGUCCGGCAUACUAUUGAGGCAAACCUUAUAAGGCCAAACUUUCCGAACAACUUUAAAUACCUAGUCUUGGAGAUUGCUGAUACAAAGACAGAAAAUAUCAUUCAGCAUUUCAAAAGAGUGAAGAUUUUUAUUGAUGAAGCCUUGAAUAUGGGCGGUCGAGUUCUGGUUCAUGGAAACGCGGGUAUUUCGAGAUCUGCUGCGCUAGUAGUAGCAUAUAUUAUGGAAACUUAUGAAAUUUCACAAAUGCACGCAUACUCGCUCGUACAGCAAAGAAGAUUCUGCAUAAAACCGAAUGAAGGUUUUAUGACGCAACUAAGUGAAUAUGAACCUAUCUACCAGGCGGAGAAGACACUAAGAAACGAGCAUCAACGUUCAGAAGUUCAGCGUAACAAGCGAACAAUCCAUCAGAUUGAAAUGGGCAAUCUAAUGCAAAAUAAUAUUGAGACUACAAUGGAUAGUUGAUGAUAAUUUAUAGAAA